UUGUGCAACGCUGCACAGGAAGCAAAACAAACGGGCUAGUUGGGCUAGCUGGACGUCGUUGUAAACCUAACACAAAAAUGUACGAAAAUCGACAAUAAUAACGACAGCUAACCGGCCGAGGAGUAAAAUGGAUUUGUUAUAAGGAUAUCGUCGAGGACUUUACAGUUCGGCCAUGAAUCUGAGAGGGCUGUUCCAGGAUUUCAACCCGAGUAAGUUCCUGAUCUACUCGUGCCUGCUGCUGUUCUCGGUGCUGCUGGCGUUGCGGCUGGACGGGGUCAUCCACUGGAGCUACUGGGCCGUGUUCACGCCGAUAUGGAUAUGGAAGCUCCUGGUGAUCAUCGGGGCCUCUGUAGGGACGGCCGUCUGGGCCCACAACCCCCAGUACAGGGCGGAGGGGGAGACGUGUGUGGAGUUCAAGGCCAUGCUGAUCGCCGUGGGUCUCCACGUGCUGCUGCUGAUGUUUGAGGUGCUGGUGUGCGACCGCGUGGCCCGGGGAGCCUACUUUUGGCUGCUCGUCUUCAUGCCGCUCUUCUUCGUCUCCCCUGUGUCCGUGGCCGCCUGCGUCUGGGGCUUCAGACACGACCGCUCCCUGGAGCUGGAGGUGCUCUGCUCGGUCAACAUCCUGCAGUUCAUCUUCAUCGCCCUCAAGCUGGACAAGAUCAUCAACUGGCCCUGGCUGGUGGUGUGUGUCCCCCUGUGGAUACUCAUGUCCUUCCUGUGCCUGGUGGUCCUCUACUACAUCAUCUGGUCCGUGCUCUUCCUGCGCUCCAUCGACAUCAUCGCCGAGCAACGCCGCACACACAUCACCAUGGCGAUCAGCUGGAUGACCAUUGUGGUGCCACUGCUCACCUUCGAGAUCCUGCUGGUCCACAAGCUGGACGGCCACAACAGCCUGAGCUUCGUGUGUGUCUUCGUCCCGCUCUGGCUCUCCCUGCUCACCCUCAUGGCCACCACCUUCGGACACAAGGGAGGCAACCACUGGUGGUUCGGAAUCCGCAAAGACUUCUGCCACUUCCUGCUGGAGCUCCUCCCCUUCCUGCGGGAGUACGGCAACGUGUCGUACGACCUCCAGCGGGGCAGCGAGGACCUCGAGGAGGACGUGCCCGUCGCGCCGGAGCCGCCGGCGCCCAAGAUGGCGCCCAUCUUCCACAAGAAGACGGGCGUGGUCAUCACGCAAAGCCCCGGGAAGUACUUUGUCCCGCCGCCCAAGCUCUGCAUCGACAUGCCUGACUAGGGCGCCGAUCCAAAAUGGAGGACAGGAGUGUCGGUUUUUCCGACUGGUUGAGAACCUGAAGUGAGGGACACCUAUUAAACGGCAGCGUCAAGAACUAUAAGGACUAUAAGGACGUACGUGCAUCCUAUACUUAUUGUACGUGGUUAUACUGAUCCGGAGCUGUUGGCGUUCAUUCCCCCGUCCUCGUGGACCUCUGGAAGAAACUUCCAGUAUCUUCUGUAACCGAUGGAUCCAGGACUCAACGAGGAAUAAAAGCCCCAUGAAAGCCCCAAAAAUGGCACUUUGUAAGAGGCCUCUUCCAAAGAGGGCUGUAGCUGUAAGAGAGUGUGUACAUACCAUAAUAAUCUGACCAGGGGACCACAGUGAGUUUAGUAAUGUGCCAACUGUAAACGUUACUUCAACAUUAUUAAUAUAUCGUUCAUGUUGUUAUUCUUUCCUUUCCCGAUAGUCCCGUGUGUCUGAGUAAACACCUCUGUCGUACCACCCACACACUGUCGCUCUGAUUUGCAGCCGAUAAAACAACAGCUAUGUGUGUGACAGUUGUUAUUUUCCUUUAACCCAGUCAGGUAAGUUAUAUUUUCAGUUAAAAUGUCACCCAACUUAUACUUUCCCAUUGUAAAUACACUGUACAUGUUACAACCCUUUGUUUUUUUAAACGUUAAUAAAGGCCUCGGUUACAAUUUGUUAAAAUCUGUAAUUGAAGACCAACUGCAAUGAAACUUUGCUUAAUAACGAGGCAAAUUAGUUUUAUACCUCAAUGAGGAGCACUAAGCACCAUUGUUGUAGAGGUCACUGAACAUAUGCCCCACCCACCCUCUUAGUAUUUUAACCUUUUUUACUUCAUGCCAUCUUUUUAUAUUCUGUGUCCACUCCACCGUGAGCCAAGGUAACAAAAUAUCGUUUAAUAUGUGCACUGGUGCACUUAUUGAAUGACAAUAAAACAAGUCUAAGUCUA